AUGCUGCCACUCCUGCUUCCGCUGCUUCAUGGCUCGGACCAGCCGGUUCUUCGCGGCCCGGCGAGCUGCACUGCACGUCCGCUCCCUCAGCUGUGCAGCGACGGUAAGUGUCAUCCCGACAACGAGAACUGCCCGCCGGUCACGACUGACAGCACCUGCGGCGAGGUCCCGCACUCCGGCCGCGACGGCCGCGUGCUCACGUGGGGACUGAGCUUCCGAACGGACAGCGCCCAGGAGUGCUGCGACCGGUGCAAGUCCCACCCAAAGAAGUGCAACUCGUGGACCUUUUGCGGCCUACCCGUGUGCUGGGGACUCGACACGGGCCACAACCACACCUACGGCGAGUGCUGGCUGCGACGGCUGAGUGGCGAUGUGCAGGCGAUAGACACCUUUCGCCAGCGUGGCAAGUACACAGAGCAGUGGCUCAGCCAGCACCGGAAGGCGCGGCCGGGCUGCAAGCGCAACGAGCCGUGGGCGUGUUCCCCGACGCACGUGCCGUGGACAUCCGGCGCGCUCGGCGGCCUGCCUUUCGACCCCACCGAGCGCUACGUCACUGGCGGCGGCUGGGGCAAGGAGAGGGAGGCAUCGGCAGUCGCGGUGACGGCACUGCCAUGGCCCAUGCGGGCGCAGGCGGGCAUUUGGUUUUGGUUCGGGGGGUUUGGUUUCUCGGACCGGCCAUGCCGGGUGUGGCGUCCUCGCAACACAUCUGGAGAGGUGGGCAAGGCCUCUGAGGAGGCGUGCGGCGUGCUGACGGUGAGCAACAAGAUCGCUCCCGCGGCGAUAAGAGGCGUGUGCGCGGCGGCAAGGCCUGCGAUCAAGUGGGAGCGCUCGCCCACGGCCUCUUGCGUCAGCAACGCGUGA